AUGCGUUUCUUCGCUAAAGCUCUUGGGCUGGUUUCCUUGGCGCUGUCCAUGGCGAGUGCCUCUUCACUUCAAAAGCGAGACUUGGGCCCCGUCACCAUCUACACGCCUGGAAGCAACUACACCAGUGAUCGCUCGCUUUAUGCUCGAACCCUCAUGCUCACAGUCAACGACAACACAGGAACACUACUAAGCACGUGGGAGAACUACUCUGGCGGCAAAACUUGGUUCCCCAUCUAUCGAUCGACUGACCACGGCUACACGUGGUCUCCCUUCUCGACCGUAACGGACCAGGUCAACAACUGGGGUCUUCGAUACCAGCCUUUCCUCUACGAGCUCAAGCAAAGCUUUGCUGGCUACUCUGCUGGAUCGAUCCUUCUCGCCGGUAACUCGAUCCCUGAGGACCUUUCCAAGACUCAGCUCGACCUCUACAUCAGCACUGACAAAGGAAAGACGUGGAAGUUCCUCUCACACAUUGCUGCUGGUGGCAAGGCUGUUCCCAACAACGGCGAGACUCCUGUCUGGGAGCCUUUCCUUCUCGUCAACAACGGUCAGCUCAUUUGCUAUUACUCUGACCAGCGUGACCCAAGGUACGGCCAGAAGUUGGUCCAUCAGACCACCAAGGAUCUCAAGAACUGGGGCAGCGUUGUUGAUGAUGUCACCGAGUCGUUCUAUGCUGCUCGUCCCGGUAUGCCCAUCGUUGCUCAGAUGGGCAACGGAAACUACAUCAUGACUUACGAGAACGGAGGAGCCCCUGAAGGUGACUUUGCCGUCUACUACAAGAUUUCAAACGACCCCUUCAGCUGGGCCGACAAGCCGAAGCAGGUUCUCAGGGCUACUGAUGGCACUGUUCCUCGCUCGAGCCCUUAUGUCAUGUGGACUCCCAUCGGCUCUUCGUCUGGGACUACCGCUAACGGUACCGUCGUCGUCAGUGCUUACACCGACACUGGCCUCUACCUCAACCGUGCCAAUGGUGCCCCAAAUGCUUGGACUCGUCUUUCCGUUUCCAAUGCGCCAGCUGCCUACUCACGUGAGGUGACCCGCGGAUUCAACCCGAAAGACAUCGUCAUCGCUGGGGGUGGCGCUCUAGGUCAGGGAUCUACCAACCGUGUCACCUUCAGCGCCCGAGACGUCAACGGAUGUGCCACUUGCUAA